AUGAGAGGCCUCUUGAGUUCGAGCACGGUCUCUGAGAAAAGGAAGCUGUUUGAGCGGUUGUCUGGGAACGAGGCAGUCGCGUCACCUGUUGUCACCCAUGCCACGAGGGCCGUCACCGCGCCGUUGCCGGUACAACAGGGCCAUUCAGUGUCCGCGCCUCGGGCUUCCAAAGCCAUCGAUACAGACGCCAGCGCUCGCCCGGCGGUCUCUCCGCCGCAUGGGAUCAUCCCGGGCAAGAGUCACAGCGUCGCAGAUAUGUGCAAAGUGUUCGAGCGGGAGCUUCAAGCCAGCAGCUGUCGUUUCUCCACCACCUCGCUCCCCAACACGCUUGAACGAGCAAGGUCUGUGAAGUCUGAUACGCGGGACAGGCAAGCCGCCGACAGCAUACAUCCAUUUCAGGCGGACAUCAACUGGUUGGACCGCGGGGCGAGGGACUCCGAGCCGACGCCCACUCGCCCUCCUCUCCCCGUCGUCCAAUGUCCGAGGACCCCUACCGUUCGGCGGGUGGAAGGCAAGGCGCUCAGAGCAGCUCUGGUUGAAGAGCUGUCUCGGACGAUCAAGCACAGAGCGAGAGAGUCACUUAGUAAUGCUGAUAUGACCGAUGAAUCCCCAGUGAAGACGUCAGGUCGCGAAUUGACCAAGCCGCAGCUACUGCUGCUUCCCAGGGCUUCCUUACCCGAGACUCAACCCCAGAGCCCCGGAGGCAUUGAGAGCGCUCAAAGGCAGUCCGAUCAAAGGCACGCGGCCAAUGAGACACCUAAGGAAGUCGCCGGUUCCCACAAUUCCCUGCCCGAGUCGUCUUCUUCUCCUUAUCUGCAGUAUUGGCAAGCGGUGAAUGAUGCUGUUGCGAUGAAGUCCAGUCCCAGCUUGCCCAACAUUGUUUUCACCGCAAUGCCGGAUGCUGCACGCAAAGAGCUCCGCCAUAUCCCGCCUUCCUUCAUCUUGCUGGCCGGCCCCAACAAGAUACGCAAGACGCGACACAGACACAAACGACGCAGACGGACCCAUACGCCGCCGAAGAUGAAGGCACUUUCGAAUAGCUCAGCUGCAGGCGCUGUCUCGCCAGUGAGAGAUAGAAUUCAUCAGUUUGAACAAAUCAGCCACCCCACAGGCCGCGAGGCAGAUCCGCACCAGUUACGUGACAACACGCCCGAGUCACCGAGCAGUUCCAUCAAACGGCCAUACGCAAAGGCACCCUCGACUUGGGGACUGAGACGCGGGUCGGAAGGGUUACGAGCGCUCUCCUUCAGCCGUCGCAAGGGGUCGACGUCGAACGGCGACGACGAGGUGUUCCAAGGGUACGGCAAGCGCAAGAGCUCGAUCUCAUUUCUCGGCAGGUUCAGCGCCUCCAACUUCGACGGACCGCACACGGCAGAACAUCAUCCUCAUCCCGGCCCUCAAGUUCAACGCAAGCUGAGCACCUCCAUCAAGGCCACCCUCAGGAAGAUCUCCAGCUCGAAGCACAGAAGAGAGGAAUCGGCGGCGGCGGCAGCGUUAGCUGCCCUCAAGACACUCCCGUCCGUCGAGGUCCUGAACAAGACGGCCAUGCUUGCCCCGGGACCCCUCCGUCUCACCGGAACCGGAACCAACCAACCGGGAGCAAUCCUCACAAAACCCAAAAGCUACAGCGCACUCACCCAGGGGGGAAAGGAAAACUGCCCCUCCAUCACCCGCUCGCUCGCAUCCCGCUCAUCAUGGAAGGAAAAGACUGCCGCGGCCAAGCCCGUCCUCAGCCCGGCGCCCGCGCAGGCGCGCGAUCUGACUACUAUCGCCAACGCCAACGCCAACCACGCAUCGCAGCCCAACACCCAGGGCAGUGGCAGUGGCGGCAGCAGUAUCAGUCAGAGCUGGGGCCGACGCGCAGCCGCGGCGGCGUUUGAUAUCGGACGGCGGCGGUUCAAUGGCGGUGUUGCGCGGAAGACGAGCGCUUCGUCUGUGUCGUCGUCGUCGGCGAGGUUGACGACUUUGCUGAGGACGAAGGGCAGUCUCUCUCACGGUCUUAAUCUUGAUGCUGGGGGUGGUGGCUUCGUGUAUUGAGG